CUCGUCUCCUUCCUUCUCCCCUCGCUCCCUUAUAAAUACCCUCUGAUCUCCGAGUUUCUGGCGAUUCUGGUCCUCUUUCUCGAAUUCCGUCCCUCACACAGAGAGAGACGAGAUGUUGGGCUUCGGAGCGCGGAGGGCUCUAGGGCUAGUCGGCGGCCGAGGGGGUUCUUCCUCCUUCCGGUGGGCCGUCGGGGUGAGGUCGUACCACGAGAGGGUGGUCGACCACUACAACAACCCGCGGAACGUUGGCUCGUUCGACAAGAGCGACCCGGCAGUCGGCACCGGCCUCGUGGGCGCCCCCGCCUGCGGCGAUGUCAUGAAGCUUCAGAUCAGGGUCGAUGAGCAGUCCGGCAGGAUUGUUGAUGCCUGCUUCAAGACGUUUGGGUGCGGCUCUGCCAUCGCCUCGUCCUCGCUCGCUACUGAAUGGGUAAAAGGCAAACAAAUGGAGGAAGCUUUGGCGAUCAAGAAUACCGAAAUCGCAAAGCAUUUGUCUCUUCCACCUGUGAAGCUACAUUGCAGUAUGCUUGCAGAAGAUGCAAUAAAAGCAGCCGUCAAAGACUACGAGGCAAAACGGGCGAAAUUGGGACAGGGGGCAGAGGAGCAACAGAUGGAGAAAGCUGCUAACGUGUAGGAACCCCUGUAACUAAAACCGCAGCUGUUGGAGAAUGGUCAUCAUCUUACAUAGCGAAGCAGAUGGUGGUCUAGUUGACUCCACGAGCUGCUUUUGGAGGUGUAUCAUGUACUUGCAAGUUUUGCAUCAAUGAGAGCUAUGGCUUGAGUUUGUUACUUAUCAUGAGUAGGCAUGUAAGGUGCUCCAUAAAUUUGCUUGUUCUAUAUUGAAGCCAAUAUAGUUCGCUAGCAUGCUAACGUUUCAAUUGAACCUUAACCAUCUACGACUGCGGCAAUCUCUCAUUGUCUAUAUUUAAUCCAUUUGUUUCCUUUUGCUGGUGCA